GAGGAGGAGGAGGAGGAGGAGGAGCCCCUGCGGAGGUGGACUUCCUGCGCUUCUGGAGCGCCUUCGAGGCCGCCGCGCGCCUGGCCCCGCGCGCCGCGGCGCCGGAGGACGCGCCCCCUGCGCUGGGGGACCGCCUGGUCCGCGAGGUGGGCCUCGUCCGCGACGAGGUGCUGCGGCGCGCCUCGCUGGCCGGGGGCAUGGAGCGCCUGACGGCGGCUACGCUCUUGGAGGCCGCGCACGCCGCCGCGGAGGAGUCGGAGGCGCCCGAGUUCUGGCGCUCCACGGCGGCGUCCCUUAGCGCCUGCGAGGAGGUGUUCGAGCUGGACGCGGAGCGCCUCACCGUGGUGCUCCUCUCCUGGCUGCGGGAGGCGGCGCUGUGGCGCGAGCAGGAGCUCCUGGCGCUGAACCAGGAGACUCGACCGCAAGAAGGUGCAGGUGCUCGCCGACGCGCAGUCCGCCGUCACCGAGGCGCAGGACGACGCCGCGCAGCGCCCGCCCCCGAGCCGGCCCGCCACCGCGCCGGCGGCGGAGGCGGCGAGCCUCAGCUCCCGCGAGGCGGCAAGCAUCGGAGACCGCCUGGGCGGCGUCGGGGCCCCCCGGCAGCCGCGGCUGCCCCCCGCGCCGGCGCCGACGACCUGGGCGGCCUCGGAUGCCGCGGCCAGUGGCCAGAGGGGCCCCGCCGGCGGCAGCAGAGGCGGGCGGGUCUGGAUCCGAUCACCUCCUGGCCACCAUCCGCUUCCAGAACGCCCGGAUCGUGGCGCUGCAGGAGGAGCUGGACAGGGCCAAGCGGGAGGCGGACAGCCGAGGGGCGCAGGCGCUCGCUCACGAGGGUGGGCGACGAGAACGCGAAGCUGAAGUCGGCCCAGGCCAAGGCCGAGCCGGAAAGGGACCGCCUCAAGGAGCAGCUGGCGGCCGCGGAGGCCAGGUGCAGGGACGUGGAGCAGGAGAGAGCCCAGCUCACGAAGGAGAAGGACCAGUUCGGCCUCCAGCGGAAGAAGCUGGAGGCGGAGCUCAGCACAAAGGAGACGCGCAUCAAUCGCCUGACGGAGGAGAUGGAGAAGCAGAAGGCCAGCCUGAAGGCGGCCUCUGGCGCGGACAGGGACCGCGCCGGCGGCGACCGCCGCGAGAUCGACCGGCUGACGGGCGAGGUCCGGAAGCUGGAGAGGCAGAGGGCGGAAUUGGUAGCCGCCUUCAAGAAGCAAAUGAAGCUCAUCGAGGUGCUGAAGAGGCAGCGGGCGCACAUGGAGGCCGCCAAGGUGCUGUCCUUCACGGAGGACGAGUUCAUAGCCCGGGCUGGCCUCGGCGACAAGCUCGGAGAGUGA